AUGCCACCACCUUGGGUUCCAUGGUGGAAGAACGCAGCCAUCUAUCAGAUUUAUCCUGCGAGUUAUAAAGACUCCAAUGGUGAUGGCGUUGGUGAUAUCCAGGGCAUAAUUUCCCGCUUAGACUAUAUCAAGUCUUUGGGGGUAGAUGCCAUUUGGGUCUGUCCAUUCUAUGACAGUCCCCAGCACGAUAUGGGAUAUGAUGUCGCGGACUACGAGUCCGUCUACCCUCCUUAUGGAACUGUGGCCGACGUGGAAGCUCUCAUCGCCGGCUGUCAUGCGCGUGGCCUACGCGUCCUCUUUGAUUUGGUCAUCAACCACACCUCUUACCUUCACACCUGGUUUAAAGAGUCUCGCGCGUCUAAUAACAGUCCGAAGCGUGACUGGUACAUUUGGAGACCGGCAAAGUACGAUAAAGCCGGUACCCGCCAUCCACCUAAUAACUGGCGCAGCUGCUUUGGCGGCAGCGCGUGGGAGUGGGACGAGUCAACGCAGGAGUACUAUCUCCAUCUCUUCUGCAAGGAGCAGCCGGACCUUAACUGGGAAAACUCGGCCACAAGAGCUGCGAUAUAUGAAUCAGCUAUGGAAUUCUGGUUACGCAAGGGCCUUGAUGGCUUCCGAAUCGAUACUGUCAACAUGUAUAGCAAGGCGCCGGGACUUCCGGAUGCGCCUCUUACUAACAGCCAAACCCCAUGGCAGGAUGCCUCAACACUCUACUGCAAUGGCCCCCGAAUGCACGAAUACCUGCGAGAAAUGAGCGAGGUCCUGGAAAGAUACGGCGCCAUGACAGUUGGCGAACUACCUAACACCUCGGCGUUGGCGGACGUAUUAAGCUACGUCACCGCCAAGGAACGGCAGCUAAAUAUGAUAUUUCAGUUCGACAUUGUGAACGUCGGCAUGGGGCUUGAUCCCCGAUACGAUGCCAUUCCCAGGGACUGGACGGUUCACGAUAUCCGGCAGGCCGUGCAACGAGUCCAAGCUAUUACGAACGGGACGGAUGGAUGGAGCACCGCUUUUCUAGAGAACCAUGAUACAGCACGGGCGAUUUCUCGGUUCGGCUGUGACGAGACAUCAGAACUGUGGGAACAAAGUGGGAAGAUGCUCGCUAUGUUUGUGGCUAGCCUGUCAGGGACCCUCUAUGUUUACCAGGGGCAGGAAAUCGGGAUGGUGAAUGCGCCAGUGACGUGGCCUAUCUCCGAAUACAAGGACGUUGAAAGCCAGAACUACUAUAAUCAAGUUCAACAAGAGACGGGCGGUGACCCCCUAGCUUUGUCGCGAGCGAAAGCCGCGAUCCAACACCUGGGUCGAGACCACGGGCGACUGCCUAUGCAGUGGAAUGGCACGCCAAAUGCCGGCUUCACAGAGGAGGGCGUUGCAACGUGGAUGAGUGUCCACGACGACUACGAAAAAAUUAAUGUCGAGCGCCAGACAUUCAAUUCCGACUCACUGCUGUCUUUCUGGAAGGCAAUUGUGGGCAUUCGGAAGAAGCAUCCCCGGGUCUUUGCUCAUGGGGUCUUUGCGCCCUUGGAAGGGGACAAUGAAUCAGUGCUCGCCUACGAAAAGGUCUCCACUGAGCAGCGACUUGUCGCUGUCUUCAACUUCACCAAAGAGAAACAAGCUUUGGAUUUGGUCACCCGACUGGGUCUGAAGAAACCGGUGACCCUGGCGAAGAACUAUGCGGACGAGCCAGUGGAUGUUUUGCGUCCGUUCGAAGGUAGAUUAUACUUGAUGAGCCACUACUUAUCCUAG